CGUAACGUUUUGCUACCCAACCGGAAUGUGCUAUAUGAAAUUGUUUAGUUACAAUCAUUCAAAUAUUACUAGUAAGGGGUAGGUGGAAUCAUUUAUUACAGAGCUAAACACGUGAAAUACAGAAAAUGGCAUGUAGUGUUUAAAAUAAUAUUGCAAAAAAAUAAAUGAACUUCACUUUAAAGACAUAAAAAAUAUUACAUAUUACCACUUUAAUUAAUUUUUUUUUUAUAAUGGACUAUGUGUCAUGCUUGUGUUCGGUUAUGUCAGGGAUGGGUAACAAGCACUAAGUUAUGGAUGAAUUAAAACAUAAAUGAUGCAUACCUGAUAUUGUCCGUUUAUACAACUUUUAGGUUGCAUAAUAGUGAUCUCCUUUAUAUACAAUGCUGUGUAGGUUCUCAUAACAUCUCUGUGUGUUUACAUUAAUAUGUGGCAAGCCUUUAACAUUCGAAUCUUGUGGAACACACAUGGUUAAAGUAUGCAGUCAUUUUACAGCAACAAUAAUGUUUGCAUGGAAAUAAUGCAUUCUCAUGGCAACAAAAUGCAACAUUGUCCCUUUAAAUACACAGAUGUGGUUUUAUGUAAAUGCUUGGAUUAACUUUGUAUUUCUCUUCCACAGAUCUGCAGUUGGAUAGAUGAGAGCCACACUCUCUACAUCACAUGGAGGUACAGAACAUUUUGAGUACACAAGAAAGAUUUAGAAACACAGUGCAGAUGUACUUAUCAUUAUUUGGAUGCCUCAUGUACAUGGGCUGAAAAUACAAGUGAGUGGAGAUAUGAAUUCACAUGAAAGAACACCUCUAAACAAGGGUUGUACCAGAGUCUCCUUAAGGACAAGCAUUGUGAAAAAUAUAUGUUCCCAAAUCUGUCGGAGGUCACAGGGUUCCUUCCCACACAGUGGAUGUGACAUCAGCAGGAUUAAUCUGAGCAUUUUAAGCAAGCUUGUGUGUGAGGUAAUGUUACUAAGUUAUUCAAAUUGUGUGUAAUAUCAUCAUAACCUAUACUAGCCAGUCUUGAACAUAAUACUGAAAAUAUUCACAAAGUCUAUCUAAGUCUAUACAUUUCAAAAACAGUUUUUAGGUUUCAUCAACGACUUAAACUACUGAAAUUCAUCAUUCCUGAACAAAUGUAGGUGCAUGAAUAAGGAUUUUAAAUGUCAGGCCAUGAAUAUUUCAUACAAAUAUGCCUGUAAAGGUAAUACAUCCCUUACGCCUCAUUAAAACAUACAGGACUAUUCAGUAAAGUGUGAAUUGUUUGAAAUUCAAAACAGCGGAAUUGUAAAAAUUCUUCCAAGUCAGUGGUGUUUUACAUUUUACUAUAUUGGCCAUAACAUUUUAAAUUUGUUUUAAAUUCACACUUUAGAGACUAAUUCAUUUUUUUUUCUUGCUGAAAGAUUAACAAGAAAAAAAUUCUUAUUUUUCAAUUGUUACUGUUUAUGUCGUUUAAACUUCAAUGCUUUUUCUCCCCUUCCCUUCCUCUCCCCCUCCUCUCCCCCCAAAAAGUCAGCAGAAAUGUAUUAAGUAUUUCGUAAAGGUACAAGUUUUACAAAAUACUUACAUUAUGUUGGAAUCUCUUUGUAAUUACAACGCAGUCAAAAUAUCGGAUAGGAACUAUUUUGUCUUUUUUUAAAGUCUGAGAUUGACAAAACUUGACAACAGGCAGAGCUUCUAUAGCAGCAGGUUUCGUCAGUUUUCCAAGCAACCACUAGCAAUGGACUUUGGGAUUAGGCUGCUUGUUGUAGACCAGGAGACUUAGUCUAUGGAGGAUCCCAUGAUAUAGUGGGAUCCUACGUAGACAUCAGUGUUGUACUCUCGUGGCUCCUGCCAAAUAAAGCUGCAGGAGCUAAAGACAGAAGGCAGUGACACCGGUGGGGGACAGCUUCAGGUAAGACUAUCUACCUUCCCCUGCACCCCAAGUGGGGAUGUCACUUUAGGAGUCCUUGCAAAAGACCCCUAAAGGUGGCAGAGCCUCUUCAAAUUUUUUUACUUUUGCCAGCAGGCACAGGUAAUACACACUUCCUGCUUUUUUGCCCGGAUUUAUUUACUUUUCCCAUGAUUUCCCUUUUUCUGCAAGUUACGUCGAUUCGGAAAGAUGAGGUCAUUUUGACUUUAAAGGGACGCUCCAGUCAAAUAGUAUUUCAGCUGGCUGAAGUUCUUUAUUUGUUGGAGUUAGUAAUUUUUUGACAGUUUAUAAAAGGGCAGAUUUGACCAGAAAACUGCAUUAUUAUAAUUGUGGGGGCAGUAUCACCUCCUUGGCUGUCUAAGUGAGGUAUUUUAUUCCACUUCCAUUAGCUCCACAGAGCUAAUGAAAGUGGCAGGUGCUCAGAUCUAGAUAUCGCCUUGCUUCUCGCCCCCUUAUUCUCAAUACACUAUAAUACAGCUCAUUGAGUAGCAUUGGAAAUACACAAUAUCGGGCACGCAAGCUCACAGCGCCAGCCAAGUGGCUUCCCAAUUUCCAGGGAAAGUAGGAGGGUGGCUUGCUAAUGGUGCAGGCUGCAAGUCUGCCACUUUUGUAAGCUGUUAAUUCAUCUACCCCCCAAAGAAAAAGAAAAAUGCUGAAAAAAUAAAUAAAUGCAUGUUUUGUUUGAGGUUCUAUUAACUAAGUAGUAUGGAGUUGUUCCUUUCAUUGGAACUUACCUCUAGAGCUAGUUCAGAAGAUUGCUCAGUUUGUUUGACCUAUAUUAGUUAACAUUAAUUUCACUGAGAAUCCUUUCUGAAGUUUUAUUAGUUUGUAUGCAAGGGAUAAAACUAUCAAAAGUUCAAUAGGAAUUAAUCCCAGGAGUUUGUUUAGGAGGUUUCCUUUUGAGAUAAUAGAGUUGUGGAAACAUACUUUGACUUUCAUUAAAUGUCCAGGCUGUGUCUUUUAUUCUUUAGCUGGUGACGUAAGAGUGAAAUUCUACUAAUCUAAAAUGAUAAAUUAGAGACGGUAAUUUGCUACGUUCAAAAAUACUACUUUGACCUAUCUGUUUUACUUUAAUUAACAGUAUGAUAAAUGUUCAUAGAGCAUUGAAUCUUCUUUUUUGACAAGUGCCCAAAUUAUGCAUGAACAUAAGGCUUGGUGACUCAUUCUUCAGAUUUAAAAUUACAUUUGUUACCCAUUCUACAAGUGUAAUAUUGUUAACAGUUAGAUAUAUUUUUUUUUAAAAAAAGGGGACUUGUCUUACCAGGGUCAUCACUGGAUUAAAGGCAGUCCUGCCGAAUGGCACCUUGUCAAGCUUGAGGGCCCAUAAGAGCAAUUUAAAGGGGGACUUUGGGCAACCUAACCACUACAGCUUGCUGCAGUGGUUUAUUGACCUUGAAUCUCCUAACGCCAUCACCCCCAGCAUUCUCAUCCAAUGUCGUUAAGGUUGAAUGAAACUGACAUGUACAAGUGUUAUAUCUGUCUUAUCUAUGUGGAUGAGAUGGGACAGUCCCUAGAUGUCAGGGAGAGCAUCAAUUUAUGGCAAUCCAUUCCUAAAUGGUUUGAUAUGAAACAGAGGGGAUUGAAGUGGCUAAAUUGCUACUAGUGGUUCAUUAACAAAAUGCAGUACAGUUGGUGAAGGAAUUAUUCCCCCCCUCCCUCCCCAACCGGAUCAGACUGAAGAUCUUCCUUCCAGUUGUCACCUUACCUUCCUCUGGCACUUACAAGUAGCAAUGCUGGGAGGAUGUGAUGUCCUAUCCCUUGCUCCCGACGCACAAGGUGCUGCGCUGGAAUGCGUUGACAACCUCUACCAGUCGUUUACUCCCCAGGAGACCCCAGGAAAGUCACCCUCCAGCAAGAAAAAAAAGAUUGGCUAAAAACAUGUUUUAUUUUAAAGCGUGUGUAUCUGACAAUUUGUUUUUGUGUGUGUGAGAUGCAAUAACAUGUGCAUUUAUGCUUGGUAAUACAUUGGAGUAUUUGCAUAUCCCACAACAUUGGCUUCCUGAGAAAUUGGAUGACGGAGGGAGAGGAUUACAAGGUGGUGGGUCAGUGAUGCAAUUGUGUCACUGGCUCUGCCCAAAGGGACAGGCCUGUCAGAAAGGGGGCAUGUCCACCAAAAUUACUGGUAGCUCAGCCUGGCAUUAUUCAUGCCAGGCUGCCUGCCAGUAAUGCUGGCCAGCCCACUGUGGGCAGGACUGGCAGGGAGCUCUAUUUCAGUGCUCUCUCUUCAAGGUCCUAAUUCCUUGAGUGCAGCGUGAGCGUAUCUAAAGAUGACCUUGUGUUACAUUUUUGCGGGACGGUUUGCUAGUUUUAAGAAAAGCAGGGCAUCGAAGAACAAAGACAUGAUGGCUUGCCUAAAUCAGGACCUGUUAGGUGGCAUGUAGUCAUAUGUGUGUCCUUGUGAGUAUGUAUCUGUGUGAGUUUAUGUGUACAAAUGUCUGGGAGAGAAUGCCGAGUGGAGCCGAGCCAGUGUAAAUUUCUGAUGGCAGCCCUGCUUCCUAUAGCCAAAACAUGUCUCCACUGCAAGUAAACAAAUUAUUGUGAGCAUUAGGGGAUUAUAAAGAUGAUAUGCACGUUUUAACCACUGCAUAUCCUGUGAAAUAGUAUGUAAAACCAAAAUAGGUACUGACCUAGGGUUCAAGAAACGCUGACAGAGCAUAUACAGUAAUGACAUUUCCACACACCUAUGAUGAGUAAGCUUACUGCCGGCACAUACACAUAAACAUUUUUUUCCCUAGAGAAAUCUGUGGCUAGCCUGCAUGUUUUUAGAUAGAAUGAUUUAUUUGCAAGUCUAAAAACCACUGGAAUUAGUCUUGCUGGAGUAAAUGAUGUCCCUACUGGCAAAAACCUUGUACUGAAAACCAUUAAAAUACCAGUCUUUUAAUUGCUUCAAAUUAAAUCCCUUCAUAGAAGUAGAUAAAAUACAGGAUAUGGAUCCAAUUAAUAUCCAAAAUGUCACUAAUCACCAGUUUAUUCAUUUACUGCAGUCUUUUAUCUCUUUGGCAGAAUGCCAUUUAACUCAUUGGAUACAUUUCUUUCCGUCUCUUCACUGGCAGUCAGUCAGUUAAUGCUGAAUUCUUGAGUCAUGCCUAGGGAGUCUGCCGAAAGAUACCUUAAUAGUCUAUGAAAUGAAAAUUCUAGGGCAGGGAGGGGAUUUGUGGAAUUGCCUCGCUUACUAAGCAAAUAAUGUGUUAAACAUUAACUAAUAGCAUAUUUUUAUGUAUUUUUGUAGACUUAACAAGCUGUUUAAAUUGAUAAACAGGUAUCUAAAAAGUCUGCUUAUUGUGUGUGUAUAUAUAUAUAGAUAUGAUUAAACACAUGUAGAUUUUAUUUAUUAAACUGGUAAAUGCAGAUUACUGACAAGUGAAUUACAGAUUAUAAUUUUUUUUUAACCACCAUAGCUAAUUUUUGCCUUAUAUUUACAAUUUAUUUUUUGUUUCUUCAGUUGCCAGUAGUAUUAGUAAAUACGCCCGUUUGUGUGGGCUUAGUAAAUACCAAAUACAUUUUUUUUAUUCUUUAUUUUCCGUACAAUAUGAUCUACGGCGGUCAUAACAGAUUAAGGAUAUGGAAUAGUCUAACAAAUAGUAAAGACAUUCAUAUACUGAAGGCCUUGGAAGUCACACAUUUGUCUGGCUGGCUGUGCAGAGCUCCAUUUUAGAGUCUAAUUUUGAUGAAGCAUGAAAGCCUAAAAUGGUGGCAGUGUGUAGCAUAUUUAGCUGUUCCUGAUACUUUUCUCUGUUCUGUCAGAUUAAAAUAUAAACCCGUUUAGGUGGUACUAUUUAGUUUGUGAAGAGAGAGCAUUUAUCCUCCUGUUACAAUAAGUUACAGGUUUUGUAUGAACUCUGCAGUGUUAGAUUAGUACAGCUGAAUAAACAUUUUCUUUUUCUAUUUUUUUUUUCUUUCCCUCAGAAAAACUCCUUAUUUCAUAAUGUUUGGACCAAGCAUUCCAAAUCUGCCAUUAAUUAUGCAAAGGGAAGGAUUUAUUUUGACAAUUUCCGUUGUUGCUAUAACAGGUAAUGUAUUGCUGAUAUCAAUUUGUGAUGUUUGUGGGUACAGCAGGGAUACAAAAUCUGUUGUAUUGUUAAAAUAUAGUUCUGAUAAUGAGUGUGUGCAGUUUUAUAUUAUUAGGAUCUGUUGAGUAUUCUGUUUAGAACACUACUGCAAUAUAAAUAGUAGAAGUAUUUGUUCAGUUUAAAGCAACACAAAAGGGUUAGGAACAUAUGUUCCUAACAAUAUAGUGACCUAGUUACCAUUUAGGUGACUGUAUGCAGCGCUUACUUUGAGCAUUUGUACUGGGAAUGGGGAUAUGUGAAAGUAAUAUACUGGGAGAUUGGGAUGUGAGAGAAUGUACUGGGAGAUGCGGAUGUGAGGGAAUGUACUGGGAGAUGGGGAAUGAGAAUGUACUGGGAGAUGGGGAUGUGAGGGAAUGUACAGAGAGAUGGGGAUAUGAGGGAAUGUACUGGAAGAUGGGGAUGUGAGGGAAUGUACUGGGAGAUGGGGAUGUAUGAGAAAUGUACUGGGAGAUGGGGAUGUGAGGGAAUGUACAGAGAGAUGGGGAUAUGAGGGAAUGUACUGGAAGAUGGGGAUGUGAGGGAAUGUACUGGGAGAUGGGGAUGUAUGAGAAUGUACUGGGAGAUGGGGGAUGUGAGGAAGUGUGCUAGAGGGAUUAGUUAAAAACGAAUGUACUGGGAGAUAGGGAUGUGAGGGAAUGUACUGAAAGAUGGGAGUGUGAGGGAAUGUACUGGGAGAUGGGAAUGUACUGAGAGAUCUCACCCAGCUACAUUUCCCAACUUAAUAUUGACCUAGAUCCAUUGCUUUAAUUUAUCUCCCUCUCCCCCACAUCCCUGAGUAAGUUGGGGAAUAUGGCUGGAAGAGAUAACUAGUUCUGCGAUGAGAUGUAUUGGGCAAACGUCAUUCAGAUAAUGAGGGCCAAUGGCACAGAAUAUUAAUUUGAGGAAGCAGAAAAAACCUUUAAUGAAAGAUCUAUAGUUCAAUGAUGUUAAAUUUUUAGUUUUAUUUUAACUAUAGUCUGUGCAAUACAUGCUGAAAAAUAGGAGGUAUAUUAUAUUUAAUAAAAUAUGAAUAAAACAUUUUGUGCAUGCCUUUAUUACUCGGUGUUGUAUUUAAUUAACAAUGACAUAUAAAUUAUUCUUAGGUUUUAAAGUAACAAACUCCCCUGUAUAUUUGUCUCAUUUUAUAAUUGUAUUCUUUUUUUAAAUAGCCUCGCUGCAAAACCACAGCAGGUCUAUAAAAUGCCCGCGUGUCCAAAGGUAGAAAAAAUCGAAGAUGCUUUGUUAUGUGAAAGUCCAGUGGUAAGUAUUAAAAAGCUCAUUAUUUUGUUAACAUUAGAGAUGCAUUCUAUUCUGUUUAAAUGACAAACAUAAAUGAGAUUCCAAGUUGUUUUUCCUCCUCCGUUCUUACCUAUUUUACUGCCACCACAAGACUUCAAAUACCAUAACCACUACAGUGGGCUUAAGUGGUUAUGGUGCCAAGAGUGCCCUGGUGUUGUCAACAUGCCUAGAUUCUGCCGAGUGUCACCUCACCUGCAGUCAGAAGCUCCACAACCUUGCGGCACUGCACAGUCAGGCAUAGCUCUGUGGAGCUAACUGGAGCUUCUGGUAACUGGUGAAGUGGUGACAGACCACCUACCUUGACUAUGGUUUGAUUACUUAGGGAGGUUGCCAAGGCACUCCUAGCCCUAAAACCACUAAAAGAGCAUAUAGUGGUUAUGGUGCUUGGAGUUUUUCAUAAAGAGGCAUUAUACUUUACAGCACUGGACAACGAACAAAACAUAGUGACAAACAUGUAGACAUAGAGUGACACAUUGCGUGAAAUAUGACUUGAAUGGGAAUUGUCACUUAUAUGGAAAUUGUAUUUACCUAGAACUUGCGUUGUUCUUUUUUUUCAUGUUUAUCAAACAUGUUAUUUUCUUUUAAUGCAUAUGAAAGAUUUAGCAACGAACAUCACAAUCCUCUUCAGUCCUGGCACAUCCAAAGCACACAUUGCCUUGAGGACACAUGGCAUUGAGGAGAAAGAAUAUUUUUUGUUUGUCUGCCUGCAAUGCUGUAGCCAGUUACUUUUUGUAUUCCAGGGAGAAAGUUUCACUCAACCUUCUGAAUAUACUCCUUCCUUGAUUGCUGUCACAGGCCACAACUGGCUGCUACGGAUAUCAGCAAAUACUGGAGAUGUCAUCGAUAAGGUCUACCUCGGUUCCUAUAGAAAAUUCAGGUAAAAAAGCAUUGUUUUUGGAUGGUGAUACAUAGUUUGCUUGCUGCCCAAGCUAGUUGUCACAUAUAUUUAGAAAGACAUUUCAGUGCCUGUACUAUAGAUAAACUAAAACACGAGGACUGCUGUUGAUUGUGUGUGCUGGAAGUUGAAAGAACAGAAAGAAUGACCACUAACAUGGAGAGGCUGUAAGUCAGGAAUGGACAAAACAUGGAUUAAAACACUCUCAACAACUGCUGGAUAUUUCUCUUUUUUGCACCCCUGCAGAAAACAAGCAACUGCAUAUCCAAUUUAUAUUGAGUAGUUAAGUGCUGUUGAUAGGCUGUUAGCAUAUAUUAUUAUUAUUAUUAUUAUUAUUGCCAUUUAUAUAGCGCCAACAGAUUCAGUAGCGCUUUACAAUAUUAUAAGAGGGGGGGAUUUGGCUAUAAAUAGGACAAUUACAAGAAAACUUACAGGAACGAUAGGUUGAAGAGGACCCUGCUCAAACGAGCUUACAGUCUAUAGGAUACUAUUGUCAAUGUGAAUACCCUGCUACAGUUUAAAUACUUUUUGACCUACCUUUGCUAUUAUUAGAUAAGUAAAAAUGGGUCCGUAACCGGGCAUCUAAGACUGUGCCCUCAUGAUGUUUCUGAACUACAACUCUCAUAGUUCUCUGGCUAUCUAUUCAAAGAGUUCUGAGAGUUGAAGGCCAUUGACAUUUGGAGGUCCGGAGACUGAGAUCCCUGCCUUAAACACUCAUGUUUUGCGAUCACACUCGCAAUCACAGUCCUUCCGAUGACAAGUGAGUGACACUUUAAUGGCCCCGAAAACCUGUCAAAUUAAAUUCCUCAAAGAACUUGAAUACACGUUUCUAACAAAUAGCCAGUAACCAAAAUUAUUCUUAAGUUUUUGCACAUGAGCACCAAACACGUCUCUUGACUUGAUGAUGUGUACAAGCAACUUUCCACAUUAACCAGCCACACAAAUUAAAGAGCAAAUCGGUACUGUAGCUAAAAUACAAUAUAAAAUUAAAAACAUAACAAUUAUGCUUGCAAAAUAUCUGAAUUGUCAGUUUGAACACUUUAAAGAAAUACACACACUGCCAAGCCUCUAUGGGAAGUACUGGGUUAAUUGAUCUGCUCAACCUUUGAAAAGAGCAGGCCAUGUAAGAAUGAUACCAUACAUCAUCAAGACCCCAACAACAGUGAAGACGGUGGACCACUAUGAUAAGCCGGAGAGUUUUGCUUGAUGGAUAUAAAGAUAUAUGAGAGGUAUUGUUUAAAACUUGCUAGUGAAUUGUGUAAUCUGCUUAAGGGUCACGUGAACCCAUGGUCUUAGGCUAAAAGGGCAGUACUCGGGCUGGUUCAUUUGUUUAAGAUGCCUACAUUUUUGCCUGUUUGUCAUUUCCAAAGGAACACCAGCUGUUCAGAAAAGCUGACAAUCUUUGUAACUGCCAUGCAGACCAGCUGCCAUAGGCGCGCACACAGGGUGUGCCGGGUGUGCCUGGGCACACCCUUAUCCCCACGGCACACCUAUGGAUUGAGACACUGGAAGAUGAGAUCUUAGGAUCUCCCCUGUCGGCUCAUGCAGAGCCGGUGCUAUCCGAGCGCCGGUUCUGCUCUAAGCCUUCAUGGGCCGGUGGGGAGAUCAAAUAUCUACUUCACCGGCCCACUGGAGCAUGCAGGGAGGCAGGAGAGGACCCAGGGAGCUCUAGCCAGCAGCUCCGCCGGGUUCCUCUCGUGGCUAGAGUUCACUCUCCACUGGACCACCGGGGAUGGCAGCAGCAACAAGGAUCCCCCCUCCCUACAUAAGGUAAGAGGGGGGGGAUAUUAAGUAAUCUGCCCCCACCUCCACCCCCACAAUCAUCCAAACAUAUAGCACACACAGACACUGCACCCACACACAUACAACACCCUCACACACACAGCAUGCACACACACACAGCACCUACACACACAGCACCUACACACGUAGCACCUACACACGCAGCACCCUCACACACACAGCACCCUCACACACAAAGCACCCUCACACACACAGCACCCACACACAUACAGCACCCACACACACACAGCACCCAAACAGCACCCUCAAACACACAGCACCCUCACACACACAGUACACUAACAGCACCUUCACAAACACACACACAGCACACUCAUACACAAACAGCACCCUCACAAACAGCACACUAACAGCACCCUCACAAACACACAACACCCACACUCAGCACACAAACAGCACCCUCACACACACAGCACCCUUACACACACAGCACACUAACAGGACCCUAACAAACACAAACACCCUCACACACACACAACACACAAACAGCACCCUCACACACACAGCACACUAACAGGACCCUAACAAACACACACACACACACACACACACACACAGCACCCUUACACCACCCUCACACUGCACACGCACACACACACAGCAGUGUAUGUAUGUGUGUGUGUAUAUAUAUAUGUGUGUGUGUGUGCUUUAGGGUUCCCUAAUGCAAUAGGCUGUGCACGCCUAUGCCAGCUGCUGGGGGUUCUCUCAACACCUGAAUCCUGGCAUAGUGUCAAAAGUGGCUCCUGCUAACUAGGGAGAUUGCCCAAUGUCCUGGGAGCCAUUGAUUGCACCCAUGUGCCACUCAGGCCUCCCCAAGAUCAAGAGCACUUAUAUAGAUGUCAUGAACCAUUUUACUCACUCAAUAUUCAAUUUGUUUCAAUCUUCAAAUGCCCAUACAGCUAACGCGUUCUUUCCUGUAAGCAUUCAUGACUUGUAUAUCCUAAAUAGCUUAUCCAUCUUUGAACAGGUUGAGGAGAGACAAUUCCCACAAGGACAACAGUUGGGUGAAUGCCUAUAUAAAUGUAACCCCCAUAUGUAAGACCAACCUCAUCAUUGAGUCUGACCACAUUUCUACCUAGUGUCAUUGGUUUCUUCUCUAUUUGGAACCUGUGGACUUGCUUACUGUGUUUCCCUGCUGCCACUUAUAUACAUGAAUGCCAGAUGCCCUUUUCUGGAACAUAUGCGUGCUUUUUCUGCUGUUUGUGUUUUAUCUUGUAUAUGUUAGAUGUGUAGAUGCAAUCAGGAUGACCUUUUUUGGAUUAAUUUUCUCUUUUCCCUCCAUUAACACAACAUGUAGGUUUAGCUCCAGACUACACACUCCUUUCAGUCAGAAUCCAGAUACAACAGGGAAGAUGUACAAACACAGCAUGCGGAUCAUGUUUGAGUGUACCUUUGGUGUACUCAAAUCUUGUUUCCGUUGUCUACGUAACCCAGAUGGUGUUCUUCUGUACUCCUCCCAAAAGGCCAUCAACAUGAUAAUUGCAUGCUGUUUGCACAAUCCAGAUCAUAGGUACUUUUUGAAGAUUUCCCAAGGUCUAGAAAUAAAUAACAUAGGUUGCUGAGCAGUGUGUGCAAUGUUUGAGGGUUCGAAUGACAUUAAGUGGUUUGAGAAGGCAUUGUGUAUCCUACUGAUUCUUCAACACAUCCAGGAUUGUGGUGAGAAGGGCUUGGAGGUGUGAAUAGGUGAAAGACACAAGUCUUACAUACAUACAUUUCUUUGAGACUUUCGAAGAGAGAUGGAAUCUCUUCACCAUAUAACUUUUCCACAUUUACAGACAGUUGAUCUUGUUUGUAACUUUUGAAGGAGUCAGGAAUCUGUAUCUACAACUGUUAUGGAAUAAACACUGUAGAGAACAUGGCUUGGGGAUUUUGCUCUAUGGAAACAUAAAAGGUAAGAUUAAUGACAUACGUCAAACAUAUUUUACUUUAAACAUUAAUGUUUUCAAGAGAAAGCAACAUUAACUAACCAUUACUGGCUCUAGUGAUUAUGUUGCUGUCAGUGCCCCUUUAAUUGCUGCUUCACCGUGGGUGGAAAUAGAGUUACGACAUAAAUUACAUGAUAUGAGCUGUGACUUGAUCGUGGGUGUUUUUGCUCAACUUACCAGUUGUAAUGGUUGCUGUACUAAUGGUGUCUUUGCCACAUGCCAGACAGCCUUCUCCACCUUGGAUAUGCUCCAUCUGAUCUGUCUUUGCCCACUCAUUAAAAUGCCACCAAUCUUCUUAGCUAACUUGAAGAAAGCCUGUUGUGUAAAAAAACAAAUAAAUAAUGUAAUUUCUUCCUUACAAUCAUGGUUCUUAAUUUUCACGCACUGAAUAGUAUGCUUGAGUUGGCUAACACUGCAAACGUUGUCUUUGGCCUUUGACUAAACAGAUAUUUUUUGGAGGCACAUAUUUUUGCCCCUGAAGGAGCAAGCAAAACCUUAAAGGUUUUUCAAUACUGCAUCAGUCAGAGCUACAUUUUCCUCAUGUGUGAAUCUUUGUCCUCCUAACUGCUCUUGUAUUUUAGAGAUUCAAAUAUACUGGAAACACAAUGAUUUGAAUAUUCAGAAUUCUGAUCAGACAGGGAUUAGACAUGUGUGGCCUUGUCACUUCUGGUCAUUGGUUAGUGUGCAUCUAAGAUGGCUUCCUUUGGGAGCUAGCUAUAUAGCACGCUCUGUGACUCUACUUGAUGCCAUCUUCUUGGAUUGGCUCUCCGUAACAUUCAACCUGUGAUGUAAUCGUAAAAUCCAUUAAAGAUGCCAGUUAUUUUUCUCUUUAGCCAAGCGAUAUUAGGGUUAAGGACUUGUUUUAAGUCGAUAAGGUUUCCUCACCUCAACAACAUUACUUGAUUUUAACAUUGUUUAUGAAAUUUAGAUUUCAUACUGUUGUGCAACACUGGCCGAAUAUCAGAAAACAUUGCCGGUCAGUUACAAAGCUGGGUUUUAAUGUAGAAAAAUAGGAGAACAGUGAAGAAGAGUGCUGGAGAAUGGAGAAUUGAAGUGAGGCUGGUGUCUUUUAGCAAGAAACUUGUGGUUCUGAUUGUUUCGUCAUUUAGGUUAUACAAUCCAGCUCAGUGUAUGUUUUUGGAAUGAGACUUCCUCUAAAGUGUCCAAUUGUAGCAAGAGAGAGAUAAUAGAGCUGCUACAUUUAACUGGUUUCCAACAUGCCUCUACAUAUAAAGACUUUUCUCUUUCUAAACUUAUGUAGUACUGUUUCACAAAUGGCAUACAAGAAAGCCCAAGCACACACUAGAUGAACCUAAUGCCAAAAUGUUUAAAGAUGUGCAAGCACUCAAGAUAUUCAGGCAAAUAUUUAUUGUAGGAUUGUAUAAUUGCAAGUCUUGCUGAUUUUUGUGUGACCAAAGACUUCAUAUGCAUGGGUUUCAGUAGACUGCGAGACUUGUUAGCAGUACUAACUGAGUACUCUCGCCACAUGCAGACAAACCAUUUGUUAAAUUAAACUUCCAAUGAUAUAUAUUCAUUGUGGGGUCUCCUUUCAUGUACAGGGCAGACAAGCAAGACUUCUGUUUUUAUUUUUUUAUUAUAUUGUCAUGUGUUAGUACAUUGCAGCAUGAGAGCAUUUAAAAUCCCAGUACCUUAAACACCAUUAUGUUCAUAUGUCCAUAACAUGUGAAGGACUUAGCUACAGUAAGUAACCUAGGACAGUGGUAGGCGACCUUCGGCACUCCACGUGUUUUCGUCUACAUCUCCUUUAAUGCUCUUACAUCCAUAAUGCUGGCAAAGCCUCAGGGGACAUGUAGUCCACAACAUCUAGAGUGUCGGAGGUUGCCUACUGCUGACCUAGGAGAAAUCCACAUACAGGCAACCAUCCCCCACCAGAGAUUGAUCCUCAAGAUUCUGAUGGCUAUUUUGCCAGAUCUUUUUAUGACUUCAUUAUUUUUAUAAUAAAAACGAAUGGAGUUGCCUAAAAUAGUUCCUUAUUUAUAUUAUGCUUAGAAAAGUAAAGACAAAUGUAUAUUGCUUUUUUUUUUUAAUUUCAUUUUAAUCAAAAUAACCAUUGCAUAUGUAUUUUUGGAAUUUUUGAAAUUAAAGAGCUUUUGGUCUGUUUGUCAUUGACCCAAACAGGUACAUUACUUGGGAUGUUCCCCAGGAGACGUUUGUAUUGAAAUCUCUUCACAAGAAAACUGUCGUAGAACCUCAAGAGGUACGUCCAACAGAAAGACGUGUAACAAAGGAACACAUCGUUACUGUAAACCAGUGCUGUACAGUUUACCAGGCCCCUAGAUUAACAUUAACAUUAAUCAAUAAGAAUCAGAGAUUUUAAAACUCAGGUAGAUUGAGGUUCCAUAGAAAAAUCUAUAUUAGUUAUCCGUUUUGUAUUAUUACUCAUUCUUGUAUGUUUAAAGGACCACCGGGCUCUGGGGAGAGGAAAGGGGUAAAAACUUACCUUUUCCAGCGCUGGGCGGGGAGCUCUCCUCCUCCGUUCCUCUCAUUCGGCUGAAUGCGCACGAAUGCUUUCCUAUGGACGCUUGCGUGCUCUUACUGUGAUUUUCACAGUGAGAAACACGCAAGCACCUCUAGCGGCUGUCAAUGAGACAGCCACUAGAGGAAUUGGAGGAAGGAUUAACCCAUUUGUAAACAUAGCAGUUUCUCUGAAACUGCUAUGAUUAUAAAAAAAAAUGGGUUAAUCCUAGCUGGACCUGGCACCCAGACCACUUCAAUAAGCUGAAGUGGUCUGGGUGCCUAGAGUGGUCCUUUAAGCAAACCCUCGCAUUAAAGCUAUGGAAAACAUGAAAAAUAUAUCUAGUUCUAAAUAAAUAGUUUUCCUUAAUUGACUUUGUGUGUGUGUAAUUGUCUCUGUAAAAUUCCUAGAAAUGGAAAAUGACAGAGUAAAGUCCUUGAUGGAAUGUGGUAGAACAAUAAAUGUUUGGUAUGCUAAAUGACUGCCGCACGUGUUUCAUUGACAUUAAUAGUCAUCUGACCAUUGGACUUCAAUCACAUGUUCCCUCUCUUGCACUUUGGACUGUGUCUCCUUACUGAGCAACUGCUCCUACUUUUCGUGUAGAAUGUCAUGAAAUUAUAUCCGUGUUGAAAAAAGGAAUGGCACAGCUGCCCAAUUAAGAUUCAUUCCAUGCUGCAGCUUUUAGUAUUGCAUUUUGCUCUUCCUACUAUCUUAUUCUUUUGAAGACUAUUCAAAUUAUUUCCUGACCUUUGCUGUCACUUGCUAAUCUAAGGUGCAUUUUGUUGCCUGGGCUUCCCCCUUACUAUCAAAACUAAAACUGUUAAAAGAACACCCCAAUUAAUUUAAAAAAAAAAAACUAUUUAGUUGGUAUACCCCCUCCCCCCCCAGAAAGCAUGCAUGUAUUUUUUUCUAAGAUGCAAUUAAAUCAAAUAAUAAAAAUAUAUGUUAGAAUGGAAUAUUAUCACAAUCUUUUCUUUUUUUUUUUAUUCUUUUUUUUUGUGGGUUUGCAAGUAUUCAAUUCGUUUUACAACAUGUGCGUAAAGGAUAACAUGUAUAAAAUAAAUUUCAGGUAAUCAACAUAUAACAUAUAUAGUUGCACAGGUGCUAUGCCACCCGAUUUUUAUAAGGUAAUCUCUGCUUUACUCCCUCGUGCUAGAAACAGUGAAUACGUGCAGUGUCUAGGAGGGGGCUAGUGAAUAGCGUUAUGCACCCUGCUCAGAGAUGUUAGGGCUACGGACUUAGCCGAGGCACGUGUAUGGGAGGUGGGGUGAGCGCGGGUAUUUCGGCCGUUGGCCUUUCAAUGGUUUGGUGUGAGCCCCAGCGUAUCAGACAGUGUGUGUGGUAUGUCCUCGCUCUUUUAGUAAGGAGCCUAUGGGCAGAGGUGGGGGUCCCUGCACUGACUUGGGGGGAGGGGAGGUAGAUCUGCUUAGCCAACAUCACUGGUCAUCUGCUUAUGGAGCCAGUGUCAUUAGUGUGUCUGGUACCCUGAGACAUUUAGAAACUGAGAGCUUGAAAUAUGUAAUAAAAAUAACUAAACUUAAGAAGCCACAUUGCCUGUAAAAUGUGAGUGAAGUCCCGGCAAGUGUAGCUUAUUUGCAGUGUCCCGUGUAUAGUCCCGUAUCAGGGCACCUGUGUGACAGAUUGAGGGUGCACUUGCGUUUACGAUCACUUUUCUAAUGUUAGGGAGUCUGUUGCCCUCGGCAUUGCUUCUCUGGGUACAAACGGAAUUGUUUCGUUGAUGUUCCAUGCUGGGCUGGAUUCUGUUGUUGCUGCCCUUUUUUUCUUUUUUUUUUUGUAAAUUAACAUUUUAUUAAGUGUGACAUGAAUAAAAGGUAAAAUUGGCAAAUUGAUAGAUUGGUAGAACAAGGUUUGUGAGAAAUACACAUCCUGUGGAACAAGACAUAUAUGAGCAAAAGUACCAGGAUUCCCAUAGCGGUAACGACAUAAAAAGAAAGAAUUGACAUGAUAUAAUAGCUAGUACCCACACAGUAAAUGUUGGCAUUAGAACAACAGAUGCAUUGCAUUAACUGAAAGGAGCCAUGCUUCAAAUGAAAGGAACAGUAACAAGUGGAAUACCGCUCAACACCACCAUAAAAUAGUGGCGUUAAAUUUGGUGUCGAAGAUGUGCGGAGGAAGAAAAUAAACGGGAGAGAGGAAACUAGAAAGGGACGCCAGGAAGAGAAACAGUGGAAGAGAAUGCAAAAAAUAUCAAAAACAUAUUUUUUUACUUUCAGAUAAUUAAGGAAAUUAAUUAUCAUACAUUAUUGAAUAAAUUACGAAUAGAUUACACUUUCUCACUGGACAUUUAAGACACAAUGAUAUUCUGACCACAGUCAAGGCAAGUUUGAGUUUAGAACUAUGAAAUAUGAAUUAAUAAAAUCAAUAAGUUGACUACCUCAUAAUAAAAGGUAUGUAGUGAUGCCAUUCAAUAAUUAUUUUUUUCUAAUGUAUCUUUUAUUGAAGAUUUUGACAAGAGAUAGCAAGCACUCGACAGACAUGCAUGGUAUUUAAGAAUUAUUUCAAUACAUUCGCAAGUUUUCAUAUAAAAAAAAUAGAAAUCUAAGAAUUCACUGGUGAGAUAAUCUGUAGUUAAUGUGCUGUUUGAUCGGUACAUUUCUAUUCUGCAGUUGGUGAAUCAAACUUUUAGAAAUGUAUCUCAUUUAUAUUUAAAUGAGGUGGAGAGGAUUUGGAAUGGUUCCUGGAGAAAGAUCCUUAAAUAUAUAUGUAACAAAAAAAUCUAUAAAAAAUCAUGAAGACUAAAAUGUGCAUGGAUCAUUGUAAAGAACACAUUAUUAUUAUUAUUAUUAAUAAUAAUAUUAUUAUUAUUAUAUAAGUUUGUUAAACAUUCUCAUGCACAUCUAAGGGAGUGUCUGUUGUCUUUAAAAUUCUGAUUGGUUCUUCAGAAUUAAUCUCUGUUUUAAGCUGGUAUAGAUUCCACCACCACUAGGUGGUGCAAGUGACUCAUGCCGUUUCCCUUGAUUUGGAUAUAUUAAAAAAAUUAAUUACGUGGCUAAUGCAAAAAUGGAGACAAAAAUGACACUGACUGUUUACUUGGCACCCUUACACACUUCUUCACACACAAAUUGUGCAAACAGUUAAUAACCAUUUUUCUCUGUUACAGAAAGUGCAAACACACAGAGUGACUUGAUUUUGAAAACAAUUUUUGAAGUCCAAUGUUAACCUUGGUGUUAAAAUAUUUUAAUUAAACAUAAUUUUCUUUCUUCUUACAGCAGAUAGACAGCGGGGGGUCAGUUCUGAUAUACCUUGCAGUGUUCAGAGUUUUACCUUUUGCGUUAGUGGGAGUACUCGAAAUCGAUAAAAAAGUAAGUUCUGCACAUGUUCUAUAUUAUUGGAUGCAGAAUACAUAGAGACAUUCUGAAUAUGUUAUUGUUUAAUCUAAACACAGUUUAUCCUGCUGUCUGCGUGUGUUUGUGUAUACUGGGCCUCUGUGUUGUACAUUUUACCCAAAACAUUUUUUUAAACUAAAUCGAUGUGUUUUCAUCUGGGAUUAGAUUGCAAGCUUGUUUGGGCUGCGCCCUCUUCACCUACUAUUCCAAUAUGUUUCGUUAGUUCAAAAAGAAGAAAGGUUCGGGCACACUAGAGAUCAUAAGCAGGCACAUUUAUUAGGAUAAAAUGUACAAAGCAAUGUUUCGACCCAACAGUUGGUAUUUGUCAUGCUGGCAAAGAUCCAAUGUUGGGUCAAAUCACUGCUCUGUACAUUUUGUCCCAGUAAAUGUACCUGAUAAUGAGCUCUGGUGUGCCCCAACCUUUUCUCUUUUUGGACUGUCUAAUAUACCGGGGUAGUGCUGGCCCCUAGUUCGGUUUGGCAACCAGCUUAUAGCUUAGUUGGAGGAGUGCAGUUCCUGUGUAUCUACGAAUGGUUCAUGUUUCGUCAGUGUUUGUUUUGUUUCCCUACUGCACAGCGCUGCAGAAUGUGUUGGCACUAUAUACAUUUUUUUGUAAUAGUAGCUAAAUAAAAUAAUCCAUUACAUUAUAAAAGUGCUGUUGUUUUUUUAUUAUAUUGAGUUUCACUACCUAUUCGUGUUUUUUAGUUUUUUUAAGAAUGAAUUGUUCAAGAAUGAUCUAUAUAACAUAAGUUCUAUUGGUUUUUGAGAGUAUAUACAAUAUAACACAGAUUGUGGGCAUUUUGAAAAAAAAAAAAAAAGAAAACGCUCCACUUUUUAAUUCUUUAUGGUUUACGUUUGUGUGGUUUUUGGAUUGGUUACACAGUGUGGUAACAGCAUGCAUUGAUCACAAUUAUUUUUAUAUUAUUGCAUAGUGCUGAAGCACAGUUGCACAAUUUUAGUUUUCACUUCAAAUCAAGUCAUUACAGCAUUAGGAUUAUUGACUAAAGUAAGAAUUCAAAGUGAUUGUUAGACCAGGUAGCCAAACUGGGAACAUAACUGACUUACUGAAUUUGAAAUUCACUCUGGAUUCACUUUGCAUUCUCUUUAGUGAAUAACUCUGCUUGGAUUUUGUAGGAUUAAUUGGAACCACUUAUAAAGUAUGCUGUUUUCUCAAUGUGUGGUAAUGAAAGUACCACUCCAGGCACCAUAACAACUUAAUUGCAAAAAGUUGUUAUGGUACGAGGAAGUUCCGGGCACUGGCUCACCUGAAGGGACUGAAAUCAAACUAGUUAAGCUGGCGCUCGAACAUUCUGCCCCUGCACUUCCACUCGAUGUCCAAGGCUUCAAUCAGGAAGCCUCAGAGUGGACCCCACUGAUUGGUUGAGAGUGUCUGCUGCUGUUCUCAGCUUAUUGAAAUAAAGAGAGUGAAAAACAAAUGUAUCUUUUUCACUCUCUUUUCUAAAUGGGGAGCUGCCGAUAGGCUGAGAGGAGCAUCAGUUGACAUUAUCAGCCAAUCGGCGGCACAUGUUCCAAGACUUCCUGAUUGAAACCUUGAACAUUUAGGGGAAGUAUGGGGGCAGAAUGAUCAAGCACCGGCUUGAAUACUUUUUUGGUAAACAAUUCUUUAGCAGUUUAGCUCCUUUCAGGAGGUGCCCACCGCCAUGUGUUGCGACCCGGACCUCUUCAUACUAUGGCAAUUUAAUUGCAGUUAAGUUGUUAUGGUGCCUGAAGUGGUCCUUUAACUUCCUCUUCAAGCAAAGCUUUGCUCAUUCAAAGACCAUAAGAGUGCCCAUCCUCUUAGUACAGCACUAUUAGCAUAUGGGUUUUCAGAAAGGGUUAGAUUUCUAAAUAUGUAUUCCUUCGUCUAAACAUUAAAUAUAAAACAGAACAUUAAUGCCUCAAAGAAAAAUUACAUUACAACAUUUUGGUCCGUGCAGGUGCAGAAACUCCAUCAUGGAAUGUGGAACACUGCUGUUGCUAAAUAAGUAGUACGUUCUAAGCCAACAAAAGGGUCCUUAAAGGGGAAUUAUCACUUACAAGUAUUUUAAUACUAUGUUUACCUAUUCCCUGUAAAAAACAGAUAUGCAUUUAUAUAAUGCAUUAUAAAAUAGGGGAUCAUGGGGCGGAGUUUAGCCACUGAACGAGCAUGUUGCACACUCGAUGGGCUCUGGGCCAAAUAUUGAUAAACAAGUGGAUUUUGGCAAUAUUAUUCAGAGGAAAACCCGCUCAUGUACUCACCACUCAUCAUGGGCCGCAAAACAAAAAGCCGAGGCCAGACAAAUAUAAAAUCAAUAUGAAUAUCGGAGAUCUCCUCCGGUGGGCGCAGGGCGUGUAUGGGCCCAAAAUGGCCGACGACCUCAAGGAUUUCACUGACUCCUUUAAGGACCUAGACGGAGAUCCAGGCGGGAUGCUGCUUCCACCACAGCUGCGUCUGAUCUCAAACAAAGGGGGAGAACGAGCCGGUGACAGCAGCGAUGCUCAGGGAGAUGCUGGGCAACCUGCAGCAAACCUUACAGGCAGACACAGCCUUGCUGUGCAGGGAACUCGUGAGCCGCCUGUGGGAAGGGGAGAACACCGUGACAUACCACACACUGGCCAUUACAGAUCUCCAGAGAGAAAUACAAACCUUGAAGACACAACAAGCGUUAUCGGACCACCGGUUUGCCACACUCGAAGACUCGAGGCGCCGCAACAACCUCAAGGUCAGAGGGUGGCCAGAAGAAGUCCCGGUGGCAGAGCUCAGCAUUUCAUCAGGCGACUACUGGGAGUCCUCCUGGCCCCAAGACAAGCCAAAGAAGUAAACCUCGACGGAUUAUUUAGAGUUCCAAAACCUUGAAAAACACCUGACACCGCCCCGCGAGACAGAGUGGUAAAAUUCUGCAGCAACGCAGACAAGCAAACAGUACUCGCAGCCCUCAAGGGGAAGGCGUCCAACGCCUUUGAGAACACAUCCCUCUCGUUCUCAAAGGCGUUCUAUGCUGACCUAUCGGGAGAUACUCUACAGUGGAGGAGGCACCUGCAGCCUGUAACUGCUCUUCUCAGAAGCCGCAACUUACUAUACAGGUGGAGGUCCCCAAGAACGUUGCAAGUUAUCCAAGGAGAUUUGACCUACUCAGUGACCGACCUCCAGGGAGCAAACGCCCUCCUGAGCCAGCUGGGACCAUCAGAGAACCCCCUGCCUCAACCGGGAACCAGCGGGACAAACCUUGCCACACACAGCUGGGACCCGGCUACAAUCAAGCUGUUAGUGCCACAAGGUGCAAUGUCCAAAGCAUAUGCCACAAUUAACACCUGAGAUAUAAGGACCGACACCUGUACAAUAUCUCUCUCCUACCCCGGAUCAUAACCCAUUGCAGUUCGAAGUUGACUUUUUUUUUUACUUUUCUGUUGGACGUUUCCUUUUCUUAUAAUUUAAGCCCUAUGCUAAGGCCCAAGCCGCCAGAAGGCACUUUGACCCACAGCCCAAUGCUCCCAUCCCCCCACACCCCCACUAACCACAAGCAACCUUAACUUAGCCAAGCGAUACCCUGGGGUGUCACAAGGCUCACCUCAAGGGCCGGUUGCCACUAGCCUGCCCUAUCACUCACGCUGCACCUCAACCAGACAACCGACGCUAUAGAAUAGCGAUGCCAUCCAGGUACACCACUGGACCUAAGUGGUAGUUUACUCUACAACCCGUCAUAUAUUCCCACAGCAAGAACUGACCCCACUCGGUCCCCUAGCGAUUUUGCCAAUAAUUACUCGAUAAAAGGUCGGUUAGCGGGACUUGUCAGGGAAGACCCAUCUAGCUUACAUAUUAAAAACCCUCUACUCGCAGGUCCAUUAUACAGGACGUUACAUACGUCAAUCACUGUUUAUGUUUAUGUAUUCCACAUUUUCUCUGUAAUGUUUAUUUCACUCUCUCUGCAUUAGCUCUCAUGCUUGUGAGUGGAGCAAAAAUAAAGAAUAUAAAAAAAAAAAAAAUAGGGAAUCAUUUUACCCCAUAUUUUAUCUUUAAGGCUACAUUGUUAAAGAAAGACUUAAUAUACAUUUGCUGUACAAUUCAUCAAAACGACGUGAAACUUAUAAUUCUACCUUACUAUUUUCUGUUUCUUUUGCUUGUGUAGAUCUUUGGAGCCAAUGUAACUGACGCUAUGAUUUGUCAGGGCAUACUUAUUGUAAUGCACAGCAUCGGCCUGGUGCGUCUUUACAGCUUUGAAAGACUAUCUGAGCAGGUGAUGAACAAGAGGUUUCAAAUUGUAACCAGACUUGGUUUGUAUUUAAUCAGGUGAACCAUUGGAUUUAUUAAAUCAAGGGGGACUGUACAGUAGAUGCCAAAUCUUAAAGGGACACUAUAGUCACCAAAAUAACUUUAGUUUAAUGAAGCAGUUUUUAUGUAUAGAUCAUGCUCCUGCCAUUUAGGAGUUAAAUCACUUUGUUUCUGCAGCACUAGUCACACCUCCCUGGAUGUGACUUGCACAGCCUUCCUAAACACUUCCUGUAAAGAGUCAUCUAAUGUUUAAAUUUCCUUAUUGCAAAUUCUGUUUCAUUUAGAAUUUCUUAUCUCCUGCUAUGUUAAUAGCUUGGAAGACCCCACAGGAGCCUCCUGUAUGUAAUUGAAUUUCAAUUUAAAAAGCAGGAGAUAAAAAACUUUUAAAGUAAAUUACCUCCGAUUGAAAGUGAAACCAUGUUUGUUUUCAUGCAGGCUGUGUCAGUCACAGUCAGGGGAGGUGUUGCUAGGGCUACAUAAACAGAAACAAAAGUGAUUUAACAAAAGUGAUUGAGCAGUGAGACUUCAAGAUCAUGAUCUAUACACCAAAACUGCUUCAAUAAGCUAAAGUUGUUUUGGCGACUGUAGUGUCCCUUUAAGACAGACAAAGCAUUAUAGGAAUUGUUCUAGAAAAACUGAGGGUCUCUAUGGGUAAUCCAACUUUAAAAGAUGGAGGGGAGAUUAUUGAAGCAAGAAGACAUACAUUGAAAACAAUGUAUCAUAACAUAACAGUGAUCAAGUACAUUGCGCAGGGGAUAUGUAAACGGACAGUGUCGUAUGAUUAGAAAUCCCUGACGUAAAAUUAUAUGGGAGAUUUAAUGUGUCAACAUCCUAAUGCUUUGUAAAUCUCUCCUAAAUUCCAGUUUAUGAAGCAGAAACUUGUCAUUGGGCAGACUUGCAUUUGGAAGGGUGAAACGAGGACGGUUGGCGAGCCUCCAUUUGGCAUUCCUUGCAACAUCACCUUGACAGGUACUUAGCUGUGUGUUUACUUCUCUUGCAAUUCUCAAAGCCCAGCUUUUUUGACAGAAAUUGAAAUAUUGGCAUUUCAGACCAGGAUUUGGAUGUACCAUUAAUAGCCAGAAGACAGGCGACUUUGUGCGUCCUGUGUUUGCUAACCUCAGAGAAAUAUUUAAAGGUGGGAUUUGGUGGCAAAUCAAUCUGAAUUUGUGUCUAAUAUAUCAUAGUUUACAAAUGUUACGUACUGUAAAAAUACUGGCUAAUAUCUUUAUUAUUGAAUUUGGAUUUAAAACAAGAAUUUUACAUGGAACUUGGAAUUGGUGACUUGUAUUUGUGCUGAUAAUGUUAACCUUUUUCUUGCCGAAGGAGUACACAGAUCAUGCAAACUAAGGCUAUCUUCUUCCUGCACGUUUAAUAUUGUACAGGUCACUGCUGUAAGUUACAGGGUUACUCCAAACAUAAAAUAAUCCUUGCUAUCCUGACUUCCCUAAACAUUAAGAAAAGAAAAAAAGUUCUCCUGCCACCCUGGUGCUCUACCACUGAUGUCACUACCCCUCACUGGAGAAAGAUAAGGGAAGAACGGCCUGAGGCGAGGACAUGGGCGGCAUGGUGGGUUGAACCAUUCUGCCAUUGGAUGCCAGGCGCCAGCAUGUUGUGCAUGAUGAUGUCAGAAAUCCAUUAUGAAUAGUUACACCUCCAGCAGCAGAAGAGUUAAACUCUGUAUAUUUCAUAGCAAAACACUGCACGUACAGGCUACAGGCACCAUGACCACUUCACGUCAAUGAAGUGCUCAUCAGAAUUGAAAUAACCCCUUAAAGAGUGACACACUCCUACACAGCAGAUGCUAUGAUUGCAGGGCUAUUUAAAGCAAUGCUGGGAGUAUCAAGCAUUAUAAUGACCAAAACAUACCAUGUAUGUCAUGAGAUUAUGGGAUUUACUCAAACCUUGUCAUGAUGAAUGUGGGAAACUAUCCUUGAUUCCAACCUCGGAAUCUGCAGGUUAAACAACAUUUAGGAGACUUCUUAUUCAGUUUCACUAGUAAGAGGCCAUAUUCAGCGCACCGACUCUAUUUCACUAUAACAAUCACAUGAUAAAAGUGCCAGUUUAGAAACCAUUACACUACAACAUGCAAUAUUUUAUUUCAGAUUUACAAUAAGGUGAUAUAAAGUUGCAGAGAGGAAUCCGACACAUUUGAUGUAAUUUCAACCAAUACAUUUUGAAAGAAUUAUAGUAAAAUGUGAUCUAUAGAUUUUUUUUCUGUUUCUAUGAAAUGUAGUUAGUAUUAGGACUUUUAUACAUUAGCUACCUUGUAUUGCUUCUAUUACAAAGUAAAGUAAAUGUUUGAAUAGGGCUGCACUCAGUUUGAGACAAAGAUGACGUGUUUUUGGUUUGUUUACCUGGAAACUGCAUGAAGAGCUGUGGUUGCUUCUUUUGGAAACAAUACAGUCCGUUUUGUCCUCUGAAGACUCGUGUUUUUAUAUGCAAUAAACUGAGCGGAUCAUCACUAGGCUCCCUGUUCUCAUGUCCCCAAAAUAGGUCUGUCACUUGCUGUUGAUUGACUUGAGCACGUUCCAAUGCGAUCUAUGUGUGCUUCAGACAACAUCACCUGCCAAGAAGAUUUUGGUGUAAAAAAAUUAAUAUUUCUGCAAAGAUUACUGUCCUUUCUAAACCCCUUAGGUGGCAUGUUCAGUUUAAUGUUAGCAUCCAUUAAAAAUGCAAAAGAUAAAUUUGAACAUUAGUUUAACUUUAACUUAGUUUUUUGUUUUUUUUAUUUUUUUAGUUCUUUUAUUUGGGUAAUUUUAUUUUUCUUAACACUAAAAAGUGGCAUGUGUUGAUUUCAUCUCAGUUGUGUUAAAUUUCUUGAAGUAACACACAUACGGGAUAUUUCACAUUUUCACCUCCAUGGAUGUAGUGACAUGGAAUUGGCAGCAAUUGUAUAAAUUAGUAGCGGGAUACCGAUUGUGUACAUGUUCCAAUUCAUUUGUGUUAUGUGUUCUCAUAUGUGUAGAAAGGCCCCCAUUUCUGUUUGAAGUCUCCUGCCAAGACAACGCAUUUCAAGUGGGGGGAUACCCCUGGCAUUACAUCAUCACCCCAAACAAGAAGAAAUACAAGGGCAUCUAUCACAUACGAUCCAUGGAUGAUCACAGCUUGGUAAUUUUUUUAUUUAUUUAUAUGGAAUUUAAUCGCAAUAUUAGUUAAAAAUGGGGAGUAAGUUCAUAGAUUGCAGAAGAUGAAGAAAGAACGCUGAUGGCAGAAAACAAAGAUUGGAACAGUGUUGUAAAUACAAACGUGUUUAAUAAGCUACAAAGUAACAGUAUUGAAUAGAGCAGUGCAAUAGCGUAUACGUAUCCCAACUAAUCCCAACAGCAAACCCUCAUCUAACCUGCCUAAAAAUGUUCUGGACAUUUGUACACUUGGCUACGUUUUUGUAGUUGUCCAUAUAUGGUCUAUAGUGUAUUUCUUUGAUUAUGUACCCAGCCCUUAACUGAAGAGCACUUGACAGUAUUUCCUUCAUUGUUCCGAGACAAGCAUUUACAAGGACACCCGUUAUACUUUUUGGGGAAAUCACAGAUUUUCCUGUGCUAUGUAGCAAAUAAUUUUUUUAUAUAAUUCCAGAAAAUAUCUGCCCAUGCUCACUUCUUCAGCAAAGAUUUUAUUCUGCACAUGACCCAGUAGUAGUAGUAUAUUUUUAAAGUGAAAUUUAAUGUGACAUUUUUGGAAUUUGUUAAUUAUUUUUUUAAAUAUUGCAUGUUUUACUUUUUUCUUUCUUUUUUUUUUUUUUUUCUUCAAAUCGUAUUUUUAAAACCGAGCAUAAUUAUAAGUGGGCCAUCAAAUGUAAGGGAAAUGUGAAAACCAAGCCCAUGUGCAUUGCCACCUAUAAAUAGCCAAAGAACAUGCUGGUAAUGAAGGUCAGUAAUAGUAAAGCAUAUGUCCACAAAGAAAAAUCCUCAAAAAUGAAAUGUUAAAUAUAAUGAUUUUCUACUUACACUAAUCCAGGAUUGAUAAACAAUGCUAUUGAAUCCAUACGUGCUUGUGAAAAAAAAAAGUCUCCAAUAAAAUAAAAAAUAUUGAAAAUAUUGUAUAUUUUUUAUUUGCCCAAAGUAACUAAACGAGAGCCUGUAGAAUACAAUACUAUACUUUGUAUGGUGCCUCUUACAUCUCCUGGAAGCUGGUAGCUGUGUACUACUAUCAGAUCACAAGUUAGAGCGAACUUCCUCGGGGGACCGGGAUACAGUAGUUAUUUGUUUCAUUUUUGUUUGUUUUUUCCAAUUUGUCUUGCAACGUUUUAUUUUAUUAUUUCAUAGGCAAAGAAUGGGAUAAGAGACAUUAAAUGCUGCUCCUUAGAGCCUGACUGGAUACAUUUUCACACAGAUGCUUCUGAAAGGAUAAUACAUGUUGCUCCUGACCAAAUCAGGCAAGACAAAACAUUUCUCCUCUCUGUCUCUCUCCAUAAACAUUACAUUACUUAAUGCUGGUAUGACCACCGGAAUCAUAAAACCAACUGAAUAGAAUGGAUCCGGCCUGUGUGUUCCAAACUGAAAUAACGAGAAGUAAAAUAAAAACACAGGCAACACAUAUUAUGUUACCUGUCCUAGCUUACAUAUAUCUAUAUUUUCAUAGUUCAUUAUCAAUUUAGCAGGUAACUGAAAUUAAUAAUAAUAAAAAACCUAAACAAAGAAAACUAAACUUUGGUUGAGAAAAGGUGGAAAUUAAUCCAACAAUACUCUGUAUCUAAACAAAAUGCAUAAUGUAUUUUCUUUUAUAAAAAGCGCAAAUAAAGACAAUAUAAUAAAUAUGCAUCCAUCAUAUACAGUCAGUUCCAUAAAUAUUGGGACAUCGACACAAUUCUAAUCUUUUUGGCUCUAUACACCACCACAGUGGCUGAAAUGAAAUAAACAAGAUGUGCUUUAACUGCAGACUUUCAGCUUUAAUUUGAGGGUAUUUACAUCCAAAUCUGGUGAACGGUGUAGGAAUUACAACAGUUUGCAUAUGUGCCUCCCACUUUUCAAGGGACCAAAUGUAAUGGGACAAUUGGCUGCUCAGCUGUUCCAUGGCCAGGUGUGUGUUAUUCCCUCAUUAUCCCAUUUACAAGGAGCAGAUAAAAGGUCCAGAGUUCAUUUCAAGUGUGCUUUUUGGAUUUGGAAUCUGUUGCUGUCAACUCUCAAUAUGAGAUUCAAAGAGCUGUCACUAUCAGUGAAGCAAGCCAUCAUUAGGCUGAAAAAACAAAACAAACCCAUCAGAGAGAUAGCAAAAAAAUUAGGUGUGGCCAAAUCAACUUGUUGGAACAUCCUUAAAAAGAAAGAAUGCACCGGUGAGCUCAGCAACACCAAAAGACGCGGAAGACCACGGAAAACAACUGUGGUGGAUGAACGAAGAAUUAUUUUACCUGGUGAAGAAAACACCCUUCAUAACAGUUGGCCAGAUCAAGAACACUCUCCAGGAGGUAGCUGUAUGUGUGUCAAAGUCAACAAUCAAGAGAAGACUUCACCAGGGUGAAUACAGAGGCUUCACCACAAGAUGUAAACCAUUGGUGAGCCUCAAAAACAGGAAGGUUAGAUUACAGUUUGACAAGCAACAUCUAAAAAAGCCUUCACAGUUCUGGAACAACAUCCUAUGGACAGAUGAGACCAAGAUCAACUUGUACCAGAGUGAUGGAAAGAGAAGAGUAUGGAGAAGGAAAGUUACUGCUCAUGAGCCAAAGCAUACCACCUCAUCAGUGAAGCAUGGUGGUGGUAGUGUCAUGGCGUGGGCAUGUAUGGCUGCCAAUGGAACUGGUUCUCUUGUAUUUAUUGAUGAUGUGACUGCUGACAAAAGCAGCAGGAUGAAUUCUGAAGUGUUUUGGGCAAUAUUAUCUGCUCAUAUUUAGCCAAAUGCUUCAGAACUCAUUGGACGGCGCUUCACGGUGCAGAUGGACAAUGACCCGAAGCAUAAUGCAAACGCAACCAAAGAGUUUUUUAAGGGAAAGAAGUGGAAUGUUAUGCAAUGGCCAAGUCAAUCACCUGACCUGAAUCCAAUUGAGCAUGCAAUAAAGACAAAACUGAAGGGAAAGUACCCCAAGAACAAGCAGGAACUGAAGACAGUUGCAGUAGAGGCCUGGCAGAGCAUCACCAGGGAUGAAACCCAGCGUCUGGUGAUGUCUAUGCAUUCCAGACUUCAGGCUGUAAUUGACUGCAAAGGAUUUGCAACCAUGUAUUAAAAAGUGAAAGUUUAAUUUAUGACUGUUAAUCUGUCCCAUUUCUUUUGGUCCCUUAAAAAGUGGGAGGCACAUAUACAAACUGUUGUAAUUCCUACACCGUUUACCUGAUUUGGAUGUAAAUACCCUCAAAUUAAAGCUGAAAGUCUGCAGUUAAAGCACAUCUUGUUUGUUUCAUUUCAAACCCAUUUUGUUGGUGUAUAGAGCCAAAAAGAUUAGAAUUGUGUCGAUGUCCCAAUAUUUAUGGACCUGACUGUAUAUAUAUAUAUAGAAAUAUCUCAUAUCAUAUUUUAAAGGUUAUUUUUGACAAAUAUUCAAGAGAUAUUUCUGCGUAUCCACAUCCCUCAGUGAUAAACUCAAUAUUCUAAAUUCUGUAUAGAUUUAAAUAAUAUAUACUGUGUAUGUGAAUGCAUGUAUAUAUUCCAUAAUAACUUCAGAUAAGUUAUAUCACGUUAUUAAAAGAAUAGUCUAACGUUAAAACCGUGUUUAAUUUUAACCUUCGUUUGUUCGUUUAUACACUUGGAUUCUGGAUCCCCUUUAAACAUGAGAAGGAUAAAAAACAAAACUUUCAAUUUACACUCCACCUCUUCUGGGAUUAUCAGUUGUGAUCAUCUCAGUCCAAUCAAUGCUUUUCACUGGGAGCCUACGGCACAUGCAUUAAAUCCAAUGCUUUUCUAUGAGAAGCAUUAACAGCAUCAUGCUGUUUGAUUUCAUAAGUUCUUCCUUAGUAAAUGCCUCUAAUGGUUGUCAGUCUGACCUCCACUAGAGACAUGUCCUCUGGCAAAUAGAAGUACUGUAUUGCUAUUUCUGUGAAACAGCAGUUUUUUAUAUUGUCAGAGAAAAAGGGAUAGCAUCUAAGCACUAAAAUUAAGAUGAAGUUGUUUUGGUGCUUCCAGUAUUUAUUUAAAGGAGAUGUUUGAAAGAUAGUGUGACUUUUCUCAACCCAAAGGGACUGCCCCCAUCUCAGCCACAACAACAAUGUUGAAUUAACACUGAAUGCUUGAUGUCAGCUUUGUCCAACUUGGACUGCAUUGAUUGGGUCCAAGUUCUGGGCUAACCUAGCCCUGGAGCCAUGGGCGUCUGCAGGAAUUUUUCCAGGGGGGGGCAUAAUUGUAUUGACAUCCAUGCUUGGUCCCCUUUUGACAGUGUCAUGAAAGGGUAGGGGCAUAGUCAUUAUCACAUAAAGCCAGGGUGAAUAGCGUUUUCACAACUAUGGUGUCAGGAAUACAUGUUUGUUCUCCUGACACUAUAGUGUUUCAUUAAGCAAAUUAAAGAAACAUUCUGGUCACCAUAACAACUUCACCUAAAUGAAAAUGCUAUGAUGCCAGGAAGCCCCUGGGUGCUCUCUUUCCUUUAAGGGGUUAAACUGCUCUCAAAUGGUUUAACCCAAAAGGCUUCCUCCAGCUCCAGAUCUCUAGGUUGCUCAGUGGUAUUCAGCUUCUGAAAUGGAGUGUCAGGAAGUGCAGAUUGACGUUAGGCAUGGGUGCUGCAGAUUGGCUAGAGUGGUCAGCUGACGCUCUAAGCCAAUCGCUAGUUCCCUGUUCAUAAAUUCUUUUUACUUUUUUAUGAAUUGGGAGCUACUGAUUGGCUUAGAGUGCCAGCUGACCGCUCUAGCCAAUCAGCGACACCCCUACCCAGCGGCACUCUGUGCUUCCUGACACUCAGUAAAUAAAAGGGAACACAGUAACACUUAUAUAUUUUUUACCUGGGGAGAUGAGAAGGUCCAAAGUUUCCCUGCCAGGCCCAGGUACCAAAGCCUUACGAUGUGGUGUCCAGAAUAAAGUGGAGGGUUCACUUCACUUGUCCUUCCUGCUCCAGUCUCCCUUUCUUCUCCUUCAUUUGACACAGUCUUCUUUUUCUUCUGACACUGUCUUCUUUCCUCCUUGGCUCCUUCUGCUCCUUUACCUUUCUGCUACUUCCUGCUUAUUCUGAGCCCUUUGCUCCUUUCUCUUUCUGAUCCCUUUCUGCUCCUUGCAGACCCUUUCUGCUCAUUCUCCUACUUUACCUUUGUUCUCCUUCUGUCCCUUUCUGCUCUUUGCAGACCCUUCCUUCUCCUUGUAGACCCUUCCUUCUCCUUGCAGACCCUUCCUGCUCAUUGCUGACCCUUCCUGCUCAUUGCUGACCCUUCCUGCUCCUUGCAGACCCUUCCUGCUCCUUGCUGACCCUUUCUGCUAAUUUUUGCUCCUUCUCCUACUUUACAUUUGUGCUCCUUCUGCCCCUUCCAGCUCAUUGCUGACCCUUUCUGCUCCUUGAUGUCCCUUCCUGCUUAUUUCUGUUCCUUCUCCUACUUUACCUUUGUGCUCCUUCUGUCCCUGCCUGCUCCAUGCUGCCCUUUCCAUUUCCUUGCUAACCCUUUCUGCUCCUACUACUUUACCUUUUUGCUGCUUUACCUUGCAGCUCCUUGCUGACCCUUCCUGCUCUUUGCUGACCCUUCCUGAUCUUUGCUGCCCCAUCCUGCUCAUUUCUGUUCCUUAGUGCUCCUUAUCCUACUUUACCUUUUGUGCUCCCUGCUGUCCCUUCCAUCUCCUUGCUGCCCCUUUUUGCUCCUUGAUGUCCCUUCCUGCUCAUUUCUGUUCCUUCUCCUUUCUGCUCCUACUCUUACUUUACCUUCCUGCUCCUUGCUGACCCUUCCUGUAGGCUGUCUUCCCCAUCCCUCACUUACCUGAUCUAUAGGCUGCUUCCCCCAAUCCCUCACUUACCUGAUCUAUAGGCUGUAUCUCCCCUCCCUCACUUCCCUGCUCUGAAGGCUGCCCACCCAUGCCUCACUUCCCUGAUCUAUAGGGUGCCUCCCCCAUGCCACAAUUCCCUGAUCUAUAGGCUCUCUCCUCCCCCCCCCGAUCUGUAGGCUGUGUCUGCAUGCUGGGAGUUGCUGGCUGCACUCUGUGCUGCUCCCCUGCAGAUGCAGUCAGGAGAGAGAAGCAGGGAUAAGAUGUAGCUUCCUAUCCCUGUCUCUCUCCAUACACAGCGCUACCUACUGGCCUGCCCCGGUAUUGCACUGUAUUUUCAAUCUCACAUGAAAAAUAGCAGGGGGGAGGGGCAAACUGAAAAAUUCGAGGGGGGAGGGGCAAGUGUACCACUGUGGACGCCCAUGCCUGGAGCUGUUCUCAUUAGGCUGCUUGUAGUGCCCCAUUAAGUUAUUUUUACACUAACUAAGGGUUUUGGGGUGGCAAGCACAACCCAACAUUUCUACAUCUGAAAAAAUGGUCUUAUUUAUGAUGUGGGUGCUCAUUAAGUACUAAUCAGCUGUAUAUUAUUGUUGAAUUGAGAUUUUGAGUAAAAACUAGAAUAGCCUUGUUGGAACAAUGUGUCAGGAAUGUAUUGUUCUCACACAGCUGUUGGGGGACAUGCUUACUGAAUGCAUACAAAGUGCACAUUGUGUUCCUGCUAAAUAGCCCCAUGCCUGCAUUUCAUUAUGUAAAUUCCAUUGUUUGCUGCAUGAAAGAGAAACCCAGUAGCUACUGUGUAUAAUAAUAUUCGUACACUGCUAGUAGAUAAAUCCCAUCAUACGCUGCCAGGCUUUCCUCACACAUUCACUAUUUCUUCUCUUCUUAUAAUCCUGUACACCAUUGACACCUAGUGUAAAUUGUAAACACCAGUCGAUCUUCAUUUUCUAUAGUAAGGGUCGGCAAUCUUCAGCACUCCAGAUGUUUGGACUACAUCUCCUCUGAUGCUUUGCCAGCAUAAUGGCUGUGAGAGCUUAAUGGGAGAUGUAGUCCACAACAUCUGGAGUGCCGGUGGUUGCCUUCCCCUGCUCUAUAGCAAUAUGUGGUGCCUGCCCUUCUUCGGGUAUGGAAUCUCUGUGAAGCUGCGGGAAAGGGAGGUUCUCCUUACUGUAUAUCUGUAGUGAACAUUAAAGCAGAACUGACAGUUUCUUAUUCCUUCAUCCAACUAAACUCUGGCAGUUUCUUAUUCCUUCAUCCAACUACACUCUAACUGUUUCUUAUUCCUUCAUCUAACUACACUGUAACUGUUUCUUAUUCCUUCAUCCAACUACACUGUAACUGUUUCUUAUUCCCUCAUCCAACUACACUCUGAAAGUUUCUUAUUCCUUCAUCCAACUACACUCUAACUGUUUCUUAUUCCCUCAUCCAACUACACUCUGAAAGUUUCUUAUUCCCUCAUCCAACUACACUCUAACUGUUUCUUAUUCCCUCAUCCAACUACACUCUGAAAGUUUCUUAUUCCUUCAUCCAACUAAACUCCAAAAGUUUCUUAUUCCUUCAUCCAACUAAACUCUGAAAGUUUCUUAUUCCCUCAUCUAACUAAACUCUGAAAGUUUCUUAUUCCUUCAUCUAACUAAUCUCUGAAAGUUUCUUAUUCCUUCAUCCACCUUAACUCUGAAAGUUUCUUAUUCCUUCAUCCACCUAAACUCUGAAAGUUUCUUAUUCCUUCAUCCAACUACACUCUGAAAGUUUCUUAUUCCUUCAUCCAACUAAACUCUGAAAGUUUCUUAUUCCUUCAGCUAACUAAACUCUGAAAGUUUCUUAUUCCUUCAUCCAACUAAACUCUGAAAGUUUCUCAUUCCUUCAUCCAAAUAAACUCUGAAAGUUUCUCAUUCCUUCAUCCAGCUAAAUUCUGAAAGUUUCUUAUUCCUUCACCCAAGUAAACUCUGACAGAAUCUUAUUCCUUCAUCCAACUAAAUUCUGAAAGUUUCGUAUUCCUUCAUCCAACUAAACUCUGACAUUAUCUUAUUCCUUCAUCUAACUAAACUCUGAAAGUUUCUUAUUCCUUCAUCUAACUAAUCUCUGAAAGUUUCUCAUUCUUUCAUCUAACUAAACUCUGAAAGUUUCUUAUUCCUUCAUCCAACUAAAUGUGCUCUGAUUUUGUCACAAAUGUUACAUUUUGAAUAUCUAGUAACUGGAUUCUUUGUUUCCUCAUUUCCUUUAGUGUUUUAAGGCUCAAGGAGCUACAUAAUGAUUCAUUCCAAUACCAGGUGACCGAGGACUACUCCAUUUUAGCCUGCAGGGACAGAGAGGUAAGUGAACCAAGUCUUAUUGCUGACAUGUACCUGGAGAGUCUGGCAGCUUGUUGGUUGGGAACAUGUCAUUUUUGCAGUCCAAUAUAUCAGUAGGAAACUCUAUAAUUUAAUCAGUCAAUCAGUAUUUAUUGAAGAUUUUCAGUAUACAGAGGAAUAGAUAAGCAAUAACAAAAGGAAAAUAUGGAUUAACAAAUACAUGUCUGUUAGUGCACCUAUUAUACAUCGCUACGGAAUUUGUUGGCACUUAUUACUAAUACUAUGAUAAUAAUAACAUCAGAACCCAUGCAGUAGGACACGGAGGUGAAAAUGGUCCGGAUACUUUAAGCUUGCAGCUUAUUGUAAAGAUGAAGAGAAAGGCGAUUCCCAAAAAGAAACAUCUCAGGUAGUAAGUGCUAGGUGCAAUAGGCGGAGAAAGGGGAAAUUAAGUUGGAAGGCACUCUGCCCCUCUAAGAGGUCGUCUUACCGGCACCUGCUCCCAAGUUCCCCUCUUCAUCCGUGUGUUAACUGUGGGCCACAGCUGGAUGGGUAGAGUUGCAGCACCGCUUUACCCUGAAGGACGGUGGUCUCAGGGCCUUCUUUACCCAUGGGCUCGCUGGGCAGUUGCCCGGGGGCACCACAGGCAUGGGGGCCCAACCGUGCUGCCCAGCAUGCCCGGCUGAUAGGGGAGAUCCUUUGAUCUCCCCUGCUGACCCAUAGAGAGCCAGCCCUGCUCUCUUGCCAUUGCCCCUCUCGGGCAGGUGGGGAGAUCAAAUAUCUCCCUCACCGCCCCAAAGGCCCUUCGAAAGGGGGAGAGAGGGCAGGAGGCAGGAGGAGGGAUCUCAGAAGCAGAUCUUUCCUCCCACAAGCAGGCUGUGUGGAGCGUUGCUGUGUGUUGCCAUGACAACGCUCCACACAGCGCUCAGCUCGGGAGGAGUGAAGACCGCCUACAGUCAGAAGAGCUGCAGGCUAUAUAGAUCACACCGGAUCACCAGGGCUGGCAGUGUCCCCCCUUUCCUCCUUCACUAAAGGUAAGAAGAAAGGUUGGGGGGUGGACAUGUAGAUUUUAUUAAUGUUUAAGUUUUGUUUGUUUUUUUAAACAUGAAAACAUUUGCUCCAUGCACCCCUCACACUCUGCAACAUACAAACACUACCCACCCACAGCACAUCACACAUAGCAUCUCUUAAACACACACACAGCAUCUCUCAAACACACCCCACCCACAGCACCUCACACACAUCAUCUCUCAAACACACACACAGCAUAUCUCAAACACACACCCACCCACAGCACCUCUCACACACACAAACACACACAGCACCUCACACACUGCAUUUCUCAAACACAUACAGCACCCCCCCCACACACACAGUACUCCUCACACAAACACAGCACCCUUCGUACACAUCACACACACCCUGCACCCCCCCACACACACAGCACCCCUACACACACAGCACCCCUACACACACACAGAACAUACACUGCACCCCUCACUGCCGUCUGUGUGUUUAGCAGUCUGUGUGUGUGUGUGUGUGUAUUCAGUAGUCUGUGUGUGUGUGUUUAACAGUCUGUUAUGUGUAUUCGGCAGUCUCCUUGUGUGUGUGUGUGUAUACAGCGGACUGUGUAUGUAUUUAAAAGCAGAAGAGAGAGUAAGCACUUAAUAACAAGAUGAGGCAGCAGCCCUUAGAGGUAAUUCCUCAAAAACCCUUUAGAUACAACAAGGAAAAAAACAGAAAUAAAAGAUGCGCCAAAUUUGACCAAUAAAAUAAGAGAGUAGUUCAAAUACAAAAGUCUUAGCUGAAUAGAUCUUCCUUAGAUCAAAUAGUCUGUAAAGUGCUUGGUCAGGAAUAAUGUCCUUGCUGUCCUUCCCCAGGGGGAUCCAAUAGUAUGAAAAGAUAAAACAAAUAGAAAACCAAAUAGUGUGGUAUGUUCACUAGGGUACAACAGAUGAUAAAAGAAGAUAGUAAUGCACUCACAUGUAUUAGAGCUAGAUUUUUAUCGAUAAUUUAUAUUUUUAUUCCUGUGAGUUGUUGUGUAGGCAGAACCCCAGUGCAUUGCUUUGCCCAGGGGCCCAUAAUGCUGUUAAGAUGGCACUGGCUGGUCUCCCUUCCCUACGGCUGAGCACACCAGGGUCUCCGGCAUGCCUGGAAGAGAGACCAUGUCGGCCACAAUGUGAGACGCUGCAAGGGAGUCCCAGGUAAGUAAGAAUGUGACAAUGGGAUAAGCACAGUAAAGCUCCCAAUAAAAGCAAAAUGGAGGGGUGGGAAUUGACUGUUGACCGGGACAGUCAAAUCACAUGGUAGCUGGGAGCCCUCAUGGUUGGGAGAAGUGCCCAAAUUCCCAACGUGCAGGCUCAGAUUUUGUUACAUAGAAGCCCCCCUCUCCUGGCUAAUCCUAGUCCCCACCGUGAAGCCUUGUUAAUAGAAGCUCAUUCUCGACUCGGCCAUGUGGCAAUCUAAGAUGGCCUCCUUUAUGAACACAAUGCGACCAGCAAUGGAAGGCAAAUUGUGGAGAUGAAAGCAAACUUCAAUCGGGCAUAUGAUGUAAUCUGCAAGGGCUUUUGGCCUAUUUACUUAAUUGUCUCACAUGUUAGAAGCACAUUGAAGUCAAAAUAUGGUUAAUAUUGUCGGGCUUGCUUCUCUUGUUGGUUUUUAAAAACAUUUUUCCUUUAUUUUUUUUAGGAAAAAAAUCAUGUCACGAUAACAUCUUCUGGAAGGAUUGUAAAAAGGCGGAUCAGUCAACUAGAUGAUGAUCCAGAGAAAGAGGUAUAAAGAGAAUAACCCUUUUAAUUUAACAAUAACUUAAUGUGGUUAAUCUGACAUAGUUCCAUCAGCCUGAGGCUGAAAAUAUUGAUCUUUGUUGACACUAGAACACAGAAUCCAAGAUGUGAAGGCUUGUGGUCAAGUUCUUACCUGUUUAUAGUGUUCUGGACUGGUCCUCAUUAAAACACUAGUGGCAGUGACCGUCGAUCAGUGAGGACUUGUACCUUAAUGCUAUCUGCGGAUCCGAAGCCAGGAGAUUCCUGGUGGGCACAGAAUAUGUGCGAUGGAAAAUGAACGAGUUAGAUACAAAAGGGGAGAUUUAUCAAGUCAAAAACAUGUGUAAUUCUGGGGCAAAAAGCUAAAUUAGGUGCAAUAACCAUGGAAACCAAUAGAAUGUCUCUCUACUUUUAGCACUUUGCACCCAGAAUAACAGCUGUUUUGCCUUGAUAAAUCUCCCCCUUAGUGUUUUACCUUUAAAAGGAGGGCCACCGGGUGGACAUGUAUUCACUCCUAGUACAGUAUAUUUAGUCUGUAUAACUGUGGACACCACAAAGAAUCUACCAGCAACAGAUUAUGUAAAUAUUUACUGUGUCAAUAUUAAAAUUGGGAUUUAGGAUUAUUCAUUAGGAGACUAUCCUCUGACUGCCCUAUUAUAAUUAACAUAGCUAUAUUCUGAGUCUUUCUUAUAUAGGAUUGGGGAAAAAUGUAACACAAUACCAUAUGUGAUCACAAUACAAUAAACUGCGGUAACUUUACUAGUAUGUCAUUAUGUCAAAUUUGAGAUUGUUUUAUGCUGGUUUGGAGUUCAUCACUGAUAAUUUAUAUGCUUAUAGAUGUUUAAUAUGCUACUGCCAAGCACAGCAUGUAGGAGAUUAGUUAAAGGUCAGACAAUAUAACCAGUGACUUGUUUUAAAUUUGAAUGUGCUGUGUCCUUUUCUGAUUAUAUGAUAUUUGUGUAACAUAAUUCAUAGUUGCUGUGUGUUCUAGAAUACUUUCUGGUGUGUUUCUCUGAAAUGGAAUUCCAUCUACGGAUUAAAUAAAUAAACCAGCAGAAGGUAAGAUAUGGACGAUUUCAUGUAGACUGUUUCCUGAUGUCCCUAAACUUUUCCAGACAUUUAAAAUCGUGGUUUAUGAAGAUGAACUGGAUCUGCUGACAGUGGUUGCGGUGACUCAGGCUGACACAGAGGGUAAUGCUCAUGUUGACCUGCAUUGCAAUGAUACGGGAACUCUCCUGAAGAAGAUCGCUUUGAGGGAAUCCUGGGAUGUGGUAAGAUUCCGUCAUUGUUUUUUCUGAGACUAUUUCUGAAAAAUUAAUUGUCUCUUCUAUCACUAGUUAUAAAGAACAAUUAACCGGAAGAAAGGAGGUUGGACAGUUUUUAAAUUGUUUACUAUGUUGAAUCAUGUAUUCAACAGCAUAAAAAUUGUAUCACCCAAAAAAUGCACAUCCUUUAUUUUGUUUUGUAAUUAUGUUUAUUUUGGAACUCAAGCUGUGAAAUGUGCUUGGUGUAUAUCAAAGGUUCUUGUGAUUAUCCGGAUUCUCCAUUCAUUUCUCAUACAGCAGGUUAUGAAAGUUGCAGAAUACAUCCUAGGCUGUGAAUGUUUACUGAGUUUAAUCAUACAAUGAUUUGUGAGUUAUUCAUUUAAGAAGUUUGUGUUUGCUCUUUGUUGUUUGUCUUCUGUGACUGAGAAAGAGAUCGCCACAAUUUUAAGAGUAAUUAAUGUAAAAAUCCAGUUAAUUCCAAAGGGGGAAAAAAACGACAAAAAGUUUCUAGUGACUGUAUGACAUUCCACCACCUUUCAAUCCAAACACAAUCUGGCCUCUCGUAUCUGUCAAAAGGAAGCUCCGUCAGGACUUGACCCAUUCUUAUUUUACGUUUGGAUAAUGCAUUACAAACCUGUAUUGAAAAACAAAACGAUGAUAUGUCAAUACAAAAUAUAUUCAAGUCUGAAGUAUACGCCUGCAUGUGUUAGAAAUCCCCAGGACUUCCAGUUACUGCUGUGAACUAAGAGCAGACCAAAUGGUGGAUCAACCACUCGGGAUGCCCUCAUAAAGUUUUAUGGCAGUGAUGAGCUUAUCCCACGAAUGCAUUUUUCGCACAUCGGACUUUUUCUCUGAGCUGUGCUUCAGCUGUCCACUUUUUGUUCUAGAACUAGUGCUGAAUAUAGUGCUUAACAUAGCUAUAACAUGGAUUGAGCACUAUUGUGAAAUCUUUGUAGAUGUAUUGCUUGCCUAGUAAUACUCAAAGCCCUGUUCCCUUUGACUUCAGUGGAAACAUGGCUCUGAAAUUCGCGUAGUCCUACUUGGUAAGGACUUAAUCCUAGGUUUAGAAGCACCUUUCAGUGUGCUUACCACCUAGAUAAGGGACACUCAGACACACAAAUAGUAAAUAACAUUUCACAAACUAAAACCUCCAAGAGUUUGUUACAAAGUUCCGUGCCAGACAACUACAGUAAUUCCUGUGCAGAUAUAUCAAUUUUCCGGCUAAAUGGCCUUUAUUUGUUGGUUGGACAUGUACUUAUUGCCUCUUGGAUUAAAACCUACAACAUAAGAAGAACUGUUUAUAUAAUGUUUACCAGCAGAUAGUCUUUGUUUCCCCCCCUGACUUGAUAAUUCUCAAACAGGGGACCUCUAGAUUUGUAAUCAGGAAGGCACACUGGGACCAACUUUUUAUUUUAGGAGAUUUGUUCACUAAACACUGAAUAACAGUAAAUUGAAAACCAAACAGCAAAAUUUAGGUUGUAAUAACCAAUCUGUGUUUACAGCGGAGUUGGAGCAUGUUCACAAAUCAACAAUUUUUACCAAAGUGUGCAGUUUAGUGGAGGCGAACUUCAGGUUUAUAAUACAAAUUAUUUCAUUACAAAUCGUUUGUUGUAAAUUAUAAUUCUGAUGUUUUACGAGGAUACAACAAAUAGCCGAUUACCAGUUGAUAUUUGUAAGACAGCGUGGGGAUAUUAUAUUCAUGUAUCUUACAUGGAGACCUUUCAAUACAACAGCAAUAUGUACUGAAUGUGAAAGUAAUGUGAUGUAUAUUUGUUUUUCAGACUCACAGUCACGCCAUAUUUUUUGACAGAGACACACUGAUACACAUUGAAGAGAGACCCAACCGCAAUUUUUACUGUUACGUUUAUAAAAUGCAGUGUGAGUCCGCAGAGUAAAUAAAGAGUUUUCAAUCACUGCAGUUAAGACACAUGUUCCACCAAUUAAUUUUCUCCAUUUUUGUAUUUUAUUUUGUAAAAUAAAGAUUGGUUGUAGAAAAGUCAAGCGCUAUAUUUCUUCUUUAACAUAUUUCUAUUUAUAUAUGAAAUUAACCACUGUAGUUGUGAGUAGAAAAAUUUAAAUAAAUG